CAAGACUAAUUCAUAUGCAGCAGCCAUUCUAACAGUAGAUUCUGCCGCUUUUAAUAAGUCUCAAGCGAGAGAUCUCCUGUAUCUACACUUCAAAAUAUCCUGUGGCCUCUUUGUUAAGUAACAUAUGCCAUAACCCCCGGAAUUUAGAGAGGCAGAGAAAGCUUUCUCAGAAAGAGGCCAGCUCGUGUUCAUUUCACCUUCCUUUUUGACAUUGACAAGAGGAACCCCGAAUUUCGGGUUCAAUUAGGAAGUUGGUAGUGCACAGCACGGCAGUCAGAUCAUUAUGCGUAUAGCGUGUUUACAGUUUGCGCCUGCGCUUGGCAAAGUGACGCAGAAUAUCGAAAAGGCAGAUAUGAUAUUGAGAAAAGCAGCACCAUGCAAUAUCGAUCUUCUGGUUCUCCCGGAAAUGAUAUUCACAGGUUACAAUUUUCGUUCACUUGCAGCUAUCUCACAUUAUCUCGAACCCACUGCAGCUGGACCUAGCACUCGGUGGGCCCAGGAAACUGCGAAGAGGCUGAACUGCCACGUUACAGUCGGUUAUCCAGAAAUAACUUUGAAUAAUCCAGCGCAGCGCUUUAACUCCGCAGUGACCGUAUCCCCGGAAGGUACAAUAUUGGCCAAUUAUCGGAAACACUUUCUGUAUGAGACAGACGAAAACUGGGCACAGGAGGGUCCGGAAGGUUUCUUCGCCGGCGAGCUGGGGAAGCUUGGAAGGGUGACUAUGGGAAUUUGUAUGGACAUCAAUCCUUACCGUUUUAUCGCUCCAUGGUCGUCAUACGAGUUUGCCACUCAUGCCAUGAAAACGAGCUCACCGCUCGUUGUAUUGUCCAUGGCGUGGACAACGCAAUUGACAUCACUUCAACUAAGUGAAAAAAAGUUGUUGCCGGAUAUGGAGACGUUAAGCUACUGGCUUGCGCGAUUUCGCCCACUUCUUGCGAGAAGAAACCAGGAAAAUGGGAUGCGAAGGCCUCACGGCGUGGCUCAGCAGCAAGGCAGUCUAUUGAGUUCGGCCGAAAACCCGCAGGCCAAAGAUUCUGGUCCGCUACCGUUGAACAUCUCAGAGCAAGAGAGCCAUCAAAGAAUUGCUAGAGAUGUCAUCAUUGUCUUCUGCAAUCGCAGUGGACAGGAUGAGGAGAUAUGCUUCGCCGGGACAACGGCGGUAAUCGGGGUAAAAGACGGAAAAAUGCGCAUAUUUGAUUUGCUGGGCAGGGCUCAGGAAGAGUGUUUGGUUGUUGAUACAAGAGAGCCUGCCAAAUACGGAGUGUUGGAAAGUUGAGUGGCUUUUCAUAUAUUCCACAGGCUCUGUCAAGCUGUGUGUAGCAUUUUUAUAAUCCGUAAUUUACUGGAGGUUAACACAAAAAUGACCAAUCGAAAGCUGUCCGUUGGAUAUCAAUCGAGAAUGACGUGGUUUAUAGUAGACGGCUUACUAUCGCUUCCGGCCAUAUCUUGUGACGAC